AUGCAGCUCCAACGCGCACUUUACAAAAAGCAAUCUGUUGAAAAGCAAGAGUUUCGCUACCCUACGCUUAAGCUCGAGGCUUUCUUAUCAGCUAAGAGGAUCAUUCGUGACCCUCUUCGCACGCCUCUCCAACGUACUUACUCAAAAGUGACAGCAGUAUGCCGUACACGAGCGGACUUGAGCUUUAUAUUGCCAGAGGCACCCCCGGUUGGUGCGAAACGGAGGAGGGCGCGAGCGUCGUGGUCGCGUAGUCGCGUCGUUGCGUCGUCGUGUCGUCGCGUCGUCGGUCGUGGAUUGCGAGCGAGCGGGCCGGCGAGUGUAUGGGCCAGUGCGGUGAGGAGACGCGGCGCGAUGCACACGCCGGCGCCCGCCCGCCCGCGGCGCCUCUCGCUCAUCAAGGAGACCUUAAGUGAAGCGGUGGGUCUCAUACUGUACCGUACCGUAUUUCCGUUGGUGUCCGUUGUUCAACACGGCCCUCGGCGCCCCGACCUGCACCGCCGUCACCGCCGUGGCCGCGGGGCCCGGCUUCUGGCCAUCUGGCCGGCGGCCGGCCGUGACUCACCACCACUUCUCCGCCUGCAAGCUCACGAUAUUAAAGCGCACUUUAUGCCUCUUCGCGUUGCCAAUUUCCUGUGUAGCAUGUUGCCGGUAAAUCACGGUCCGAUGAAGGGUCUGCGGAUUACAUCGCGCGCGUGUCGCGCUAACGCUCAUAAUGUUCAUUUCAAACUGUGGGAAUAUUCGAAAAUC